AUGCAAAAUUUAGCUGCUUCAGCAAAUCUACAGCUUUUCUCGAAGGCUCUUCAAGAAACUGCCCAACAACCAAACGACACUUCAGAACAUAAACAACAGCAGCAGCAAAAUCCUGUAAUUUCUGCUGCUGAUUUGCAACAUUAUAUGUUUCCUCAUUUGGAAAAUCAUUUGGAUCAGGCAAGUUUUUUUCAACUUUAUUUCAACGACCAUUUAUCAAAUAAUUAUGUUUCUGCCCCAGAAACAACUUCAACAAUAAAUAAUUGUUCUUCAACAUCGCCUACUUCAUUAAUAUUUUCUUCUACAGCCUCCCAACAACCUUCAAAUAAUACAGUUAUAUCUUCAAAUAAUUGUUAUUCUGAUACAGAAAUACCCUCAACAACAACUACCAAUAAUAUUUCAUUUUUAUUACCAGAAGAAAUGGGAAGUCCAAAGCAACAACAACAGUUGCAACAACAACAACAACAGCAGCAACAACGCUUACCUCCAACAACGUCAAUAAAAAAAGAAUCUAUAACAACAUCAAUAGCAACGACAACAAAUGCUUCUUCGUCUGCUGUUCCCCAAUUUUCUCCUACUUCAAAUAUUGAAAAUGAAAGAAAUUUAAAUUUAGCACAACAAAAAAUUGUUGAUCAAUUACUUGAAGCGGGAGGAAUAUUUAAUUCUUUAGAAAAUAAUUUGGGAGGAGGAAAUGAUGAAUUGGGGCAAUUAAUGGCACAAUUAAUCAGUGGAAGCAAUAAUAGAAAUGAAACAGAAUUGCAAGCAGCACAGUUAGCUCAACAUUUAGUGGCUGCAACGACUGGAGGAAGUGGUGGUGGUGGUGAUGUUUUGGUGGGUUUAAAAACAUUUUAA